AGCGACGCAAGCAACACCGGCUUCGCGCAGGGUCGCGCGCAGACGCAAGGUCGCGUGCAGACGCCCUCAUUUCCAGUGCAGCGUGCCGCGCCGGCGGCCCGCGGAAGCCACCGCGACCGCGUAAGGUUGCCACGCCAUGUCGAAUGAUAAUCGCUUUUGAUCUUCGCUCACAUGGCCUGUGACGACGGCUUGGGCUCGUGGGAAGGAGGAGAGGAGGACCAGGAGGAGGAACGAGGAGGAGGAGGAGGAGGAGAAGGAAGGGAAGAGAAAAACGGGCCGCAUGCUUCAAGCGACCUUUGUCCCUGCGCCGGGCAAGCACGCAAAAGCCUACGCCAUCGACCCAAAAUCGUUUGCGCGCGCCUCAACAGCCGCGGUCUGCGUGUCGGGGUUGGGCACCCCCGCACGGCCCGAAAGACACGCACCGAAGUUAACUCUCACUCCGGCGAAAGGCCACUUGUGUAGCCGCCUCCACCCGCCCAGUCCACCAAAAUUAGAGGCGCGCGUGGCUCGCCAACGGCUCACGCGCUGCCGGGCGCCGCCCUCAGCUGCCGCGGAACUUGCCCAGGAUGUGGAGGGAGCAGACGAUGGCCAUGAAGACCAGGGACAGCACCAAGACCGUGGUGGGCCCCACCUU